AUGUAUGUGAGUUAUCUUUUGGAUAAAGAAACCAGCAUGUAUCCAGGAUCUGCAAGGUGCAGCAGCAACAACCUGCCAGUGCAAAACUUUGUGUCUACUCCACCCUAUUCAGAUUACAUGGGAUAUCAUCAUGUGCCAACUCUGGACACCCAUGGACAGCCUGCGGGAACCUGGGGAUCUCACUAUGGCCCACAGAGGGAGGACUGGAACGCUUACGGCCCAGGACCUUCCAGCACGGUUGCUGCUGCACAGAUCAAUGGCUCGUCUCCUGGACAGGUCUCCUACAGUUCUGCUGAUUACAGCUCCCUCCAUCCUGCUGGAUCUGGGGGGUUACCUCCUGUAGAUACAAGUAAUACACAGCAAAUCUCUCCCAACAGCCAAAGGCACAGCUCUUACGAAUGGAUGAGGAAAACGGUGCAAUCCACUUCUACAGGUAAAACAAGAACAAGAGAGAAGUACCGAGUGGUUUACACAGAUCAUCAGAGAUUAGAAUUAGAGAAGGAAUUUCAUUACAACAGAUACAUUACAAUCAGGAGGAAGUCUGAACUUGCUGCAAACCUAAGACUUUCCGAGAGACAGGUGAAAAUCUGGUUCCAGAAUCGCAGAGCCAAAGAAAGAAAAUUAAUGAAGAAGAAAAUGACUCAUUUUGAUGGCAGCAAUCUUGGCUCUAUGCAGAGUGACUCUGGCUCAGUGAGCCCGAUGCCAGUUCCUGACCAACAGACUCAUUCAGAAAUGCCCAGUUCCUUAUUCCCACCCCCACCUCCUCCACCUCCGCUUCCCAUGAACGGUUUGCAGCACAAUGGGAACCUGCAGCAGGUAGUGGCCUCUCAGUAA